GAGUAAUGUUAAAUGUGUCCAAAAGAGAUCCCAUCAAACAACCUUUUCCAUCAUUGAAACAUUAUUUUUCUUGUGAAAUUGAUCUUUCUUUUGUCCCUAAAUGGAACAAAAACAAAGCAAGAUUUGCCAACAACAGUAUUAGGAUUCAAAAAAAUAGAGGUCCAAUAUUAGUGUAGAACUAGCUAGAGUAAUUAACUAAACCCCAAUUUCAGUUUUUCAACUCUCAAAACCUCCAUUGAUCACCUUCUAAUCCUCAUCAAAAUCUUACCACAUAGAAAGGUGUGCCUUUUUAUGUUGUGUGUGUAUAUAUAAAUUUAUUGCUUCAAGAAUGAUUAUAUAUCAAGGUGUAGUAGUAGUUGCAAUGGCCAGAAAUCCUUCUUUAAUCAGAGCACAACCGCCUAUGCCAUCAGAUCUCACCUCAUCCGACUGCAGUGUACUCCGCGGCGGCGCUUCCUUUCGCCGCCGUGAACUCAUAUUCGUCGUUAAUCCCAGAGGAGCUAAUGGAACGACGGGUCAGCAAUGGAAGAAGUUACUUCCUUACCUCAGGUCUCGCCUGGGUAAUGACUGUAAUAUAUGCGAAUCUUUAACUUCAGGUCCUUCUCAUGCCAUUGACAUAACAAGAGAGGCUAUACGUGAAGGAGCUGAUGCUGUAAUAGCAGUCGGUGGUGAUGGAACUCUUCAUGAGGUUGUUAAUGGCUUCUUCUGCGGUGGAAAACCUGUUUGUAAUCAUGAUAUGAACUCCAGCCAUUCUACUGCUCUUGGCAUAAUCCCCUUAGGUACUGGAUCUGACUUUGCCAGGACGCUUGGCUGGAAAAAUGAUCCGCAUGAUGCCAUAGAACGCAUUGCUAAAGGGCUGAAAUCAAAAAUUGAUGUUGGAUGCAUAGCUGGAGAAAUUGGAGAGUCACAUUAUUUCAUCAAUGUUGCUGAUAUUCAUCUAAGUGCAAAAGCAGGUUAUUAUGCAUCAAGGUACAAGAAAUUUGGAAACUUGUGUUAUGUAAUCGGUGCUUUGCAAGCUUUCUUUCGGCACCAUAACCAAGAUCUUAGGAUCAAGGUUGAUGAGGGUGAGUGGGAAGUAUGUUCCCAAGUAACUGCUCUUUGCAUUGGGAAUGCAAAAUAUUUUGGUGGCGGAAUGAAGAUUACACCAAAUGCCAACCCCUCAAGCGGGGAUUAUGAGAUGGUCAUUCUGCAGGAUUUCAAGUGGUAUGAUUUCAUUCUCAAACUACAUAAGCUGUACAACGGGACACACUUAUCAGUGAAAAAUGUAUCUUCAAGAAGGGCGCGCUCAAUUGAAAUUGAAGAAAUUGGCAGCAGUGGCUCCAUAUUUGUUCAGUCUGAUGGAGAAUUCUUAGGAUUCCUUCCUAGAAAGUUUUCUAUACUACCUGGUUUUAUUGAAUUACUUUGCUAAUCUUAGUGUUUUUUUUUUCUUUUUAGAAAAUGAACUUGUUAUAAAGGCAUGACUUUGGAAAUACUUGAUUAGUUUGUUCCUGGACUUAAUUUUGGAGGCAAGGUAGUAUAUUUCAUUGUCAGCAUUACACAAGUUGAAAUUAUAACAAUUUCUGGCAAAGUUAAUUGCUGAACGUCCA